UCCAACAAAAUUCAAGCUCGGUUAGGUUAAAGAAUUGAGAGUGGGAUUGUACAGGAAAGAGCUGGGAACUCCAAAUGACAAGUUUAUAAGAGUCCAAUUAGACACCCCAAAUCACAGCAUUUUACAACACCUCGCCCGUACUCCCUGCGUGACUGCUUUUAUCUCUUCUCGGACGAACACGUCCUUUUGUUACUCUCUCUCUCUCUCUCUCUCUCUCUCUCUCCUUUUCCCAUUCGCCCAAAUCGAAAGGGGAAAACAAAUUAAAACCUCGUCUCGCCACCCUUCCCCCGUCGCCGGCAAUGGCCGACGGCGAGGCCUCCGGCGGCGCGUACAGGGAGUUCAAGGCGCUGGUGGAGGCGGCGGACCGCAAGUUCGCGCGCGCGCGCGACUUGCCGCUCUACGGCGGCGGGGACCACCACACCCGGAAGGCCUUCAAGGCGUACACGCGGCUGUGGCGGCUGCAGCAGGAGCGACGCCGGGAGCUCGUCGCUGGGGGGCUCCAACGGUGGGAGAUCGGCGAGGUGGCCUCCCGGAUCGGCCAGCUCUACUACGCGCGCUACCUCCGCACGGCCGAGCCGCGGUCGCUCGUCGGGGCGUACGUCUUCUACGAGGCCAUCUACAGCCGCGGGUAUUUCGCCGCCGCCGCUGCCGCGGCCGGGGGCGGAGGCGGCAGGCACCAGGGCCUCCUGAUCCGGUACAAGGAGCUGCGGUUCAUCGCCCGGUUCCUCGUCGUGGCCAUGCUGAUGCGGCGAGCCGAGGCGGUGGACCACCUCGCCUGCCGCCUCCGCGCACUAGUCGUGGAAACGAAGUCGGCAUACCCCAAAACCAACUUCAAGGAAUGGAAGCAAGUGCUUCAAGAGCUUGGGAGAUUCUUGAAAGCUGAUGGAGCAUACAAAGGAUCUAGAUCACUAAGAUAUGAUAACCUGUUUGAUUCUUACCCAUCAAACCUUGCGUCUAUUGCACGAUUCCAUUCAAAAAGAGUGCUUAAACUGAAGGAAGCUGUAUUAACAAGCUACCGCCGGAAUGAGGUUAAGUUCACAGAACUUACUUUGGACACAUUGAGAGUGCUACAGUGUUUGGAAUGGGAGCCCACUGGGUCUUAUCAGAUUGCUGCUAAAGAACUUAAAGAAAAUGGCACUGUAAGUGAUCAGAGUGGACCCUCUGGUCUGAUUGAUAUUCACCUGUCUACAGAAAUGUCUGAUGGAAGUCUUCCUGCAAAUCCUCAAAAAGCAAUUAUAUAUCAUCCUACAGUCUCUCAUCUUUUAGCGGUUCUUGCAACAAUCUGCGAGGAGCUUUCACAAGAUAGCAUUUUACUCAUCUAUAUAUCAGCAUCAGGGUUUGCUGAGCAGAAUAUUGCUUGUCAAAAGUAUGCCUCUAGCUCCUCAUCGCAUUCAAGUGCUGCUUCUGCAUCUCCUACGUAUAAGCCAAAUUCACAUUUCAGUUCAGAUAACCAUCUAUGGCUUGGUCCCCGUGGAAGUGGAGGUCCGAACAAUCUUUAUCCAGAAGAUCUGAUUCCAUUUACAAGAUAUCCUCUGUUCCUUGUAAUCGAUAGCGAAAAUAGCCAUGCAUUCAAGGCCAUACAUAAUGCAGAGAAGGGAGAGCCAGCUGCUUUGUUACUUUCUCCUAGGAUAUCAUCAGCCAUGCCUGGUGCAGAAUCCACGGGUCAUGGAAGCCAAUUUACAUACUUCCUCACUGCUCCAAUGCAAGCCUUCUGCCAACUAGCUGGAAUAACUUCUGACAUUGACAUCGAUACAUAUGCUAAUGCUGAGAACGUACUUUUCUCUGCUUUGGAAGAAUAUGAAGGAAUCCUCUGCACUUCUGUUGGGUUAAACAAUGUCUGGGGACAAAUUUUACCAGAUCCAUUUCUCAGACGGCUGAUUCUUAGGUUUAUUUUCUGUCGAGCAGUGCUCUUCUACUUUCACCCGGACGAGCAUGAACAACAUCUACCAACCUGCUUACCUAGUCUCCCAGAGUCGGUCUCUCCAUUCGCGGAAGCCAUCAGAACUCCUAUCCUUCUGCUUGCAGAAAAUCUAGGCGUCAGCAAUCGGUUUCAUUUCCGAGAUUCCAGCCGUAAUAAAAAAUGAUGAUCAAAUAGCAAUAACGAUAACUCAAGCCUUGUGUAGAUACCUCCACGGUAAAUAUAGUUCAGCAAUUUGUUGAUUGUUUCGCAUUUAUACAGCCAAUGGAGAAUGACUCAGUAUCAACAAGAUGCUGCUGCAGCAGCCUGGAUGGGGUGAAAUGGUGAUAUGAAGAAUUUUGUCGGCUGCUUCACCUCCGUUGAACGUAUGUACAAGUUUGUUUAGGUGUUUUGCUUUGCUCUAGGCAUUGUAGGCAUGUAGGGCUUGUCUUCAAUUUUCUUUUUGGUUGUGUUGGAGAGCACAAUUUGCAAGCUGGAAGAGGCGUUUUCUCCCGGUACUCUGUAAGGCAGAUUGUUUUGUAGUGUUGGUUAGCUCAGCAUAUCGACAGUAUUUUACGAUUUCCAUCUUA